AUGGAGCGCUUCCUGGGCUUCGUCAAGCAGAUACGGAGGUCGAGGAGGAGAAAAGGCAAAAAGUACCGCCCGGAGGAGGAUUACCAUGAGGGCUAUGAGGAUGUCUAUUAUUACGCCUCUGAACAUUUUCGAAAUGAGAGUCCUUACACAAAGUCUGCAAACCAGACAAGGACACCUGAUGGAGCACUGUCUGUGAGGAGACAGAGUAUUCCAGAGGAAUUCAAGGGCUCGACGAUAGUUGAAUUAAUGAAAAAAGAAGGCACUACCCUAGGGCUUACAGUAUCAGGUGGAAUCGACAAGGAUGGGAAACCAAGAGUAUCUAAUCUUCGUCAAGGAGGAAUCGCUGCUAGGAGUGACCAGCUGGAUGUAGGUGACUACAUCAAAUCUGUGAAUGGCAUCAACCUGACCAAAUUUCGCCAUGAUGAGAUCAUCAGUCUGCUGAAGAAUGUUGGCGAGAGGGUUGUUUUAGAAGUGGAGUAUGAGCUCCCUCCGGUCUCUGUACAAGGCACAGGUGUCAUCUUCAGAACUGUGGAAGUUACUUUACAUAAAGAGGGGAACACUUUUGGGUUUGUAAUAAGAGGUGGAGCACAUGAUGACAGAAAUAAAUCUCGUCCUGUUGUAAUAACAUGUGUUAGACCCGGAGGGCCUGCUGACAGAGAGGGCACAAUCAAACCUGGGGACAGAUUACUGAGUGUUGAUGGAAUCCGACUGCUUGGAACAACACAUGCUGAAGCUAUGAGUAUUCUCAAACAAUGUGGACAAGAGGCGACUCUGCUGGUGGAAUAUGAUGUUUCAGUAAUGGAUUCAGUUUCAACAGCAUCUGGACCACUGCUUGUUGAAGUUGCCAAAACUCCAGGUGCUGCUCUUGGGGUUGCACUGUCCACUUCGAUGUGCUGCAACAAACAGGUCAUUGUCAUAGACAAAAUCAAAUCUGCAAGUAUUGCAGACAGAUGUGGUGCAUUACACGUAGGAGACCAUAUUCUGUCCAUUGAUGGCACCAGCAUGGAGUACUGUACUCUGGCAGAAGCAACGCAGUUUCUUGCUAAUGCAGCGGAUAAUGUGAAACUUGAGAUCCUUCCUCACCACCAGACACGGCUAGCACUGAAAGGCCCAGAGCAUGUGAAGGUUCAAAGAAGCAACAGGCAACAUACCUGGGAUUCGUGUGCCAACAGCCACAGCAGUCUUCUCACCUACCACCAUUAUAACACCUACCACCCUGACCAUUGCAGGAUGCCAGCAUUGAAAUUCCAGAAAACGUCUCCUCAAAAAAGCCUUCCAGCUUUGGUGUCUUCAUCCUUCUCUCCUACCUCCAUGAGUGCAUACAGCCUGAGUUCCCUGAACAUGGGGACCUUACCUCGCAGCCUCUACUCCACCAGCCCACGUGGGACAAUGAUGAGGCGGAGGAUGAAAAAGAAGGACUUCAAAAGCUCCUUGUCUUUAGCCUCUAGCACUGUUGGUUUGGCUGGGCAGGUCGUCCACACAGAAACCACAGAAGUAGUGCUGACAGCUGACCCCGUAGUAGGGUUUGGAAUACAGCUCCAGGGUAGCGUGUUUGCUACUGAGACCUUGUCUUCUCCUCCUCUCAUUUCCUAUAUCGAGUCUGACAGUCCAGCAGAAAGAUGUGGGGUCCUGCAAAUUGGAGACAGAAUAGUGGCAAUAAAUGGUAUCCCAACAGAAGACAGCACUUUUGAUGAGGCCAAUCAACUGCUCAGAGACUCCUCCAUCACCAACAAGGUCACUUUGGAAAUAGAAUUUGAUGUUGCAGAAUCAGUUAUACCAAGCAGUGGAACAUUUCAUGUAAAACUACCAAAGAAGCAUAAUGUGGAACUUGGCAUCACCAUCAGUUCUCCAUCCAGUAGAAAACCAGGGGACCCUCUAGUUAUUUCUGAUAUCAAGAAAGGAAGUGUUGCUCACAGAACUGGGACACUAGAACUGGGUGAUAAGUUGCUUGCAAUAGAUAACAUCCGACUCGACAAUUGCUCAAUGGAAGAUGCUGUUCAGAUCCUUCAGCACUGUGAGGACCUUGUAAAGUUAAAGAUCCGCAAAGAUGAAGAUAAUUCUGAUGAGCAGGAGAGUUCAGGAGCAAUUAUUUAUACUGUUGAGCUCAAGCGCUAUGGUGGACCUCUUGGAAUUACAAUCUCUGGUACAGAAGAGCCUUUUGAUCCCAUAAUCAUUUCCAGCCUUACAAAAGGAGGAUUAGCUGAAAGAACUGGGGCAAUCCACAUAGGAGACAGAAUCCUAGCAAUAAAUAGUAGCAGCCUGAAAGGAAAGCCUUUGAGUGAAGCCAUUCAUUUAUUACAGAUGGCAGGAGAAACUGUCACCUUGAAAAUCAAGAAGCAGACAGAUGCUACCAGUCCCAAGAAAUUCUCUGUCCCUGUGGGUCAUGUAACUGAACUGAGUGAUGCUGAAGAUGAAACCUCUGCUGUACAGAAAUCUGGCAAACUCUCAGACAUCUAUUCUGCUACAGUCCCCAGUGUUGACAGCGCGGUAGAGUCAUGGGAUGGCUCUGGUAUUGAUACCAGCUUUGGAAAUCAAGGACCCAGCUAUCAGGCUUCAGGAUACAACUUCAAUGCCUAUGAAUGGAGGAGUCCUAAACAGAGGGGCAGUUUGUCCCCUCCAAGCAGACCACGAAACCACCCAUUUCAUGACACAGUACUGAGUGAUGAUGAAUGGGACCGACCUACACCAAGCAGCACAGCUUCCAAGAACAUGUGGCAACAGAAGGAGACUGAGACAUUGGGAGAGAAUCAAGAAAAUCACUUAAAGCAAACUUCUGUAGAAAGAGCAGGGGGAGAGAGCAUCAGGAGCAUGAAGAAAGAGGGCAAGCUGUGGAAAAGUGCCUCUGGUGGGCAGAGGAAAGGUGGGGGACAGCUGGAAGAGUGGAAUACUUCCAGCUUCGCAGGUACCCAUGAUAACACCGAGGCUGACCAGGAGGAAAACUUCUGGUCUCAGGCUCUGGAGGAUUUAGAGACCUGUGGCCAGUCAGGAAUUCUGAGGGAACUAGAGGACAAGGCUGACAGGCGUCUGUGUUUGAGAAACAUGACUCUCUUGGCCACAAUUAUGUCAGGAAGUACACUGAGUUUGAAUCAUGAAAACCCACAGCCUCGUAGCCAGCUGGGAAGACAAGCCAGCUUCCAGGAAAGAAGCACUGUAAGGCCACAUUACAGUCAAGCUUCUCGUAGCAACACAUUGCCAUCAGAUGUGGGGAGAAAGUCCAUGGUUAUGAGAAAAAUUAAGCAAGAAAUGAAAGAAAUCAUGUCACCAACUCCUGUGGAGUUACACAAGGUAACUUUGUACAAGGACUCUGAUGGAGAAGACUUUGGGUUCAGUGUCUCAGAUGGUUUAUUGGAAAAAGGAGUGUAUGUUAAAAACAUUCGACCAGCUGGCCCUGGUGAUCUGGGUGGUUUGAAACCAUAUGACAGACUCCUACAGGUAAAUCAUGUUCGUACCAGGGACUUUGACUGCUGUCUGGUUGUGCCCCUGAUCGCAGAAUCUGGCAAUAAGCUGGAACUGGUCAUCAGCAGAAACCCACUGGCAUCUCAGAAAGGAAGCUCAGACCAACAGCCUUCAGCGAGCGGGGAGUGGAGCAAUCAGAAUAAUGCCUUUCUUCAACAGACCGAGCAUGGUAACAUGAAUACAGAGACACGGGAUCCCACAAAUACAUUAUAGCAGAAAAUCAUUUUAGUG